AUGGAAUUACGAGAGGGAAGUGUCAAAGUCCAGUUCAGAGUUCGAUGUGACGCCGUGACAAGUACAGAUGGUCAGGCCUUUCUAUUUGUCAUCAGAUCAACAGUGGCAGUAAUUAACAAUAAUCCAGACAGAGGAAGAUUUGGAAGAUAUGUUGUAACUGUUUCUACUCUUAUAGUGAUCAGUGUAAAUGAAAUAACAACUACCACUCCUUCAACAACAACCACCAUUCCUACAACAGCUAUUACUCCAACAACGACAAUAACAACUACAGCACCAACAUCCACAAUCGCAACUCCAACAACUACAAACACAACACCUACAUCCACAAUCACAACUCCAACAACUACAAACACAACAACUACAUCCACAAUCGCAACUCCAACAACUACAAACACAACAACUACAUCCACAAUCACAACUCCAACAACUACAAACACAACACCUACAUCCACAAUCACAACUGCAACAACUACAAACACAACACCUACAUCCGAUAUCACAACUCCAACAACUACAAACACAACAGCUACAUCCGAUAUCACAACUCCCAAAACUACUAACACACCUACAUCCACAAUCACAACUCCAACAACUACAAACACAACAACUACAUCCACAAUCGCAACUCCAACAACUACAAACACAACAACUACAUCCACAAUCACAACUCCAACAACUACAAACACAACACCUACAUCCACAAUCACAACUGCAACAACUACAAACACAACACCUUCAUCCACAAUCACAACUGCAACAACUACAAACACAACACCUACAUCCACAAUCACAACUCCAACAACUACAAACACAACACCUACAUCCACAAUCACAACUCCAACAACUACAAACACAACAACUACAUCCACAAUCGUAACUCCAACAACUACAAAAACAACACCUACAUCCACAAUCACAACUCCCACAACUACAAACACAACAACUACAUCCACAAUCACAACUCAAACAACUACAAAAACAACACCUACAUCCACAAUCACAACUCAAACAACUACAAACACAACACCUUCAUCCACAAUCACAACUCAAACAACUAAAAACACAACACCUACAUCCACAAUCACAACUCCAACAACUACAAACACAACACCUACAUCCACAAUCACAACUCAAACAACUACAAACACAACACCUACAUCCACAAUCACAACUCCAACAACUACAAAAACAACACCUACAUCCACAAUCACAACUCCAACAACUACAAACACAACACCUACAUCCACAAUCACAACUCCAACAACUACAAACACAACACCUACAUCCGAGAUCACAACUCCAACAACUACAAACACAACACCUACAUCCACAAUCACAACUCCAACAACUACAAACACAACACCUACAUCCACAAUCACAACUCCAACAACUACAAACACAACACCUACAUCCACAAUCACAACUCCAACAACUACAAACACAACACCUUCAUCCACAAUCACAACUCAAACAACUACAAACACAACACCUACAUCCACAAUCACAACUCCAACAACUACAAACACAACACCUACAUCCACAAUCACAACUCAAACAACUACGAACACAACACCUACAUCCACAAUCACAACCCAAACAACUACAAACACAACACCUACAUCCACAAUCACAACUCCAACAACUACAAACACAACACCUUCAUCCACAAUCACAACUCCACCAACUACAAACACAACACCUUCAUCCACAAUCACAACUCCACCAACUACAAACACAACACCUUCAUCCACAAUCACAACCCAAACAACUACAAACACAACACCUUCAUCCACAAUCACAACCCAAACAACUACAAACACAACACCUUCAUCCACAAUCACAACCCAAACAACUACAAACACAACAAUAACAACUUCGAUGCCGUCUGCUACAACUGUUGUUUUACCAGUCUUGGUAAUGGAUGACGUCACAGCUGUAGUAAAUGAGCCUGCACGAGUGGAGUGUAGCGUGUUCAACGCCGGUUACUGGAACAAUCUUACCAUUGUGUCGACUAAAGACAGUAUUACCUACAAGAGAGGCGAGAGUGAAUACAUUGAAAAUGGAAAUAACGUCACGGUUUUCUUCGAUAUAACAUUAACAGACUGCACAGAUGCUGGUAUCUACACGUGCAAAGUUGACAACGCAGUUGAAGAUACAGCGGAAGUACAUGUCACUGGGAAACCUGAAAAUGUGACUCUGGAACUGCCAAGAUUUCUGAAUGAAGGACAAACCACAUCUGCUGUUUGUAGGGUAACUGGUACAGUUGAUAUGAACAUUAAAUUGCAUGUAAAGAAACCAGCUUCAUCAACAUACUAUAUUCAUAUUGGAGAAAUUACAUCAACAAACCAACAUGGUGACUGUCUGUUAUCAUAUACCGCUACUUUCGACUUUGUGCCCAGUUUUGUGGACAACGGAACCGAAUUAAAAUGCGUUGUUGAAAACACAGUACUGGGUGUAACAAGCGAGUCUAAAACAGAGGUUAUCUAUGUUGUCAGGGGAGAGGUGUCUUUCGACAGUUAUGAACAAACAUUGGAAGCUGGUAAAGUUUCGCCUCCUUUACGAUGCACAGCUUCAAACAGUUCGCUUUCAUCAACAAUGAAAAUUCUAAGACAUGAUGGCUUUGACAAUACUACAGUGAUGAUUACUUCUAACGGCAACAUGGUACAGUUUGAAUCCACGCGUAUACAAAAUGGAGCGAUUUCUUGGAACGGUAACGACCUUGCUCUAUCCUUCGAGAUCAUCAAAGUGUCGUGUGAAGACGAAAGUGUUUACAGCUGUGUGGUCAACAACAGCGUUGCCAUUUUGACGUCACCAAGCAAAACCAUUCACGUGGAACGUCCUCCGGGUAUUCCAGUACUGAAAUUAGAUCCUCAUCAGACGACCAUACCUAACGACCCGAACGCACCGACACACAAACACACAUGUAGUGUGGAUGUGGGUUACCCUGAGGGUAACAUAGAUAUUGAAAUACUACGAAAGGGUGAUGUCAUGUUUCAACAGCUGACAUCAACUGAUCUAAAUGAUGUUUCAACCACACCUAACACUUGGGAAUGCGACGAUGCCUUGCGAACUGUCAGCUUCGGAAUCAACUUUCAUGAGGAUAUGGAAGAAGCCUUGGUCCGUUGUGUUGUCACGAAUAGUAAUGGGGACAUCAGAACAUAUUCAGACAAUGCAACCAUAGAACUUGUACCAGACAACAUAUGCAGCAAUACAGGAGGAGACAAGGUAACUGCACACCCUAAUAACUGUCACAAGCACGUUGAUUGUAAUAGUGACGUCUUAGUGGUCAACGAUUGUCAGGAGAAAUGUUUUGUGUCCAGAGGAACAUAUGCAGACUGUGAAGACUGUGACAAUGUACCCUGCCCUCCCCCAACUACCACUCCGCCUCCUUCGACAACACCCACUGGUCCAAUGUUGCUGACGUGUAACGACAUAUCUGCUUAUAUCAAUGAUGCCACCUCACUUCAAUGUCAAAUUAAAAGUAGCGGUUUUGAUGCAAUAUUGCUAUCACACAUGUCCUCUACAACAACUGCGUCAGACAUAGUGUCAUUAGGACAGAUCACAAAAGUCUCAGCUGAUGUUUUAUCGACGGAUUCUGUAUGGGUUGACCUUGACCUCGCAUACCACACAGAUGGGUUGAUGGAGUAUAUCAAUGUGACCAUACCAAAACUAGUUUGUGCAAUGGAUGGAAUGUUUUAUCUAAACUUAACCAAUGGCAAUUCGUCAUCAACGACAACCUCCAAAAUUAAUGUGCUAGAUAUCCCGAGAACAUCACCUACCAUUUCUUUAUCCUUUGGAUCAGUUGUUGAAAAUGGUGCACAGACAUUUACAUGUGAAGGAGACAUUGGUACAAAUCAGGGAACCUUGACACUGGAGAUCUUUGAUAAACCAUCAGAACAAUUCAUACCAACCACAAGUGUCAACAGUCCUACCGAUCAGAAAAACGGGUGUAUGGUGACCCGGACCGUAACGACAACGUUGUUCCCAUCCUUCAGCCAGAAUGGUACUGUGGCAAGAUGCUCCGCCUUUCUUAAUGACACCAAAAAGCCAAAGGACGUGACCUUAACCUCUGAUAAUGUUACAUUACUUGUUAUCCCAUUCCCAGACAAUCCGUUAGACUGUUCUAACUAUCCAACUGGUUCAUGGUACAUACCACCAGUCAACAUCUACCCCUCCAAGUGUGAUCAAUAUGUCUGGUGUGCAAGUGGAACAAAAGUGGCUGAUAAAACAUGUUCGCCAGGGCAAUAUUUCACCAACUUCACUGAUUCAGCACAAACAUGUACAGCAGACUAUGAAAGCUCAUUCUGUGCAGCAUACGGUGAGACAACUAAAGAUGUCAAACAAUAUUAA